UCUCUUUCUCUCGCUGUCUCUGAACACGCCUUCCCCCUCUCCUCUUCCUUUGUUUACGGUCAACGGUAUCACAGUUUCCGCUGGCACCCAGUUGACCAUCAGCACCGGAGGCGGUCGUUGUUAAUACGGGGCCGAUCCGAGAUUUCAGGAAGUUGCACAGUUUCUGCAGUGAGCAUUACGCAACCAGCAGACUUCUGAAAGAUCCGGAUCCAGCCCAAGUGUAAUACUACUCAGCAAGAUGGAGAUGCCACCUCGGCCAAAACUGUUUGACUUCCAUGGAGUCUCCAUGAUCAAGAUGUUCACUGACAACUGGGACAACAUACAGAACUUCAAAGCAAGACCAGAUGAUAUUGUCAUUGCUACGUACCCUAAAGCAGGAACCACAUGGGUCUCUUACAUCCUAGAUCUUCUAUAUUUUGGACACUUGGGUCCAGAACGUCAGACAUCCAUUCCUGUUCAUGAACGAGUGCCCUUCCUGGAGCUCUGCGUACCUCCACUACUUAUAGGUGCAGAAAUGGCUGACAAACUUCCCACCACUCCUCGUCUCAUUAAAACUCAUCUACCAGUCCAGCUUCUACCAAAGUCCUUCUGGGAGCAGUGCAGCAGGAUAGUCUAUGUGGCCCGCAAUGCAAAGGACAAUGCUGUGUCCUUUUUCCACUUUAACCGCAUGAACAAUGCCCAGCCAGAAGCAGGAGACUGGAGCACCUUUCUGCAGGAGUUUAUGGAGGGAAAGAGGGUUUUUGGAUCGUGGUAUGACCAUGUGAGCGGCUGGUGGGAGAAGAAGCAGACUUAUUCAAAUCUUCACUACAUGUUCUAUGAAGAUUUGAUUGAGGACUGUGGACGAGAAAUAGAUGGACUGUGUUCCUUCCUCGGUUUGUCUCCUUCAGCUGAAGAGAAGGAAAGAGUCAGAGCCAGUGUGACAUUUGACAGUAUGAAAGAAAACAAAAUGACCAACUAUAGCACAGUUGAGGUGAUGAACCAGGAGGUGUCUCCUUUCAUGAGAAAAGGAAAAGUUGGUGACUGGAAGAACCACUUCACUGUGGCCCAGAACGAACAGUUUGAUGAAGACUACAAGCAGAAGAUGAAGAAUCCUGAUCUCAAAUUUCGUUAUGAAAUUUAAAGGCCCAGCUGGGUGUGAUGGAGUUCUGAA